AUCACAGAGAGUUAGGCACAUAUUUUCGAAUUAAAAUAAUUAUAAUAAUGUUUAAAAAAUGAACGACAGAAGAGAGAGAGAGAGGGUGAGAAUUCAUGACGUAGUAUACGCAGUCUUUUAACACAAGGGGGCAGCAUGUGUCGGCCGGUGCGAUGCACGUCGAGUGCCUCAAGGUAGACAACGGAGCUAGUCAAGUCAAUGCCUAAUUGUAGGUUGUAAAUACAUAGUUGAAAACAUUUGUGGAUUUAUGGCAUCGACAGAUAUUCAUAAGCCAGUGUACAAUUUCUGUUCUACUUUAAAUUAGGCCUAUAAGAACACAUAAAAAAUCAUUAACUGUAUCAUAAAGUAAACAUUGCAAUGUGACAAGUAGAAUGGCACCAGAAGUAUCGAAUAUUAAACCUAAAUUAGGUUUUUCUAUAGACUCGAUCGUUGGAGAAGAGAAAAAUAUUCAAGAUGAUUCAACAUCUUCCGAUAACCAAAAUGAACAAGCUGUAGUCAGACCCACUGUUGCAAGACCAGUACUCGCUCAUAGUGGCUUCUAUCCCGUACAAUGCCCGGACUCUUAUGGUUUGUCUCGUAGUUUAUAUCAAUCUCAGAACUUACGAAAUUCAUCAUUUGGACAAUUACAGACAAUUACGCCAUUUUUAUUAUCACGUCAUCACUUAUCUUACCCGUGGCGUUAUGCACGUUACUUGCAAUACAGGCAUCCCGGUCACGAUCCUACAGCAUUUCUCUUUCAUCCGUUCAGAAAACCAAAAAGGAUCAGGACAGCAUUUUCACCCUCUCAACUACUAAAGUUAGAACACGCAUUCGAGAAGAAUCAUUAUGUAGUUGGAGCUGAGAGAAAACAAUUGGCGCAGACUUUAAGCUUAACUGAAACUCAAGUUAAAGUUUGGUUCCAAAAUCGAAGAACUAAGCAUAAAAGAUUGGCACAAGAGCAAGAAGAAGGACAAACAGAAGCAUCGAAUUCUGAAGAAGCGAACCAAUCGGUACCUUCUCCAGACGAAGAUUCGAAUGAAGAAUGUGAUAAUAGAUGGUCUUCGAACGAACACAGCACAGAAACAAGUUGACAAUCGUUUUAAAAAGUCUCCAAAAAUUUUUCAUUUUGUGCACAAUUGCUCAUCAUUUAAUUGCACAGUUAUAUUUAAAGAAUCGAGCGGUGCUCAUACAAAAUAACGAAAGAAAACUGUACGAAAAAUGUACUUUUUAUCGUGGUUAUUUGUAAUUUUCUCUUCUUUCCGUCCUCGUCUUUGUGUCUAUUAGGCCUAUGCUGUACAAAAAAACAAAUAUAUAAUAAUAAAUUCUUAUCAAUUCUA